CGACACAGUUCGCCCUACCGGAAAUAGAAAAAUGGAAGUACGGACCGGAAAUAAAUUAUCAAGUAAACUUAUUGACAACCGUUAUCAACGAGGGAGAAGACGAUCGGCUAAGGAUUGAUCUAAAUGGCGACAUGGGCUGCCGUUCGAAAAACGAGGACAGUAUUCUCUGUCGGAUUUCUAAAUUGACAUAUCAUAUCUUUGAUAUGAUUAACAACGUCAACGAAACCAACGACAUAAUCGUAAAUAAACAUUUCGAAAUAGGUUUCAACGCAAAUGGUAUCGAAAAAUUGGUCAUGGAAAAUCCGAUUCACGUCGAACAUUUGAAAUUGAUAUAUAAUUUUGCGGCGCAGUUGAAUAUUGGUGUUAAUAUUGGUCAACAUUUGAAAACUACUUUCUCGUUUGUCAAAAAAGAAAAUUUUACUCUUGGCGAAUGUGACACUAUUUUUAAUAUCUCUUUGAAAGAAAAGGAUCGUUCUUCUUCCUCCUUUUCUGAAGAAGAGGAAGAAGAGAAAGAAGAAGUAAAAGAAAAGGAGGAAGAAGAAGAAGAAGAAGAAGAAGAAGAAAAGAAUUCGACGUUCGGUGAUCUUGACGAAAUAAAGUUAACAUUGAUCGAUGUGCCCAAAAUGUCUAGUGACAUUGAUCUGGUUAUCGAAAAAAUUCGAAAUCCAAAAAGAUGUACUCGCGGUGAUAAAUAUAUGUUUUGGUUAGCAGGAAGCAACGAAAAAUCUAACGUGAUAUCGUCCUUCAGUCGGAUUAAUGUUAAAGAAAAUGAAUCCUUCGAAAGUUCUACGAUAACAACGGUGAAGUUAAAAUUAUUAAAACCUGCGAUCCUUCACGAAUUUACCAAGAUCAAACUGAAGAGUAUUAAUCAAGCAACUGGUCCACUUCCCACAAUUACCCGCCCGGUUAUAUUAAAUUUUUCUAGUGACGACAUCACGGAAAAUAAUUUAAUCGAUUAACGUGUAUCCAUUAAGACCGUUUCUUUCGUUAAAGCAUGUACCGUAGUUAAUAUUUUGUUAGAAAAAUUUCUUUGAUAUAUCCGACUAUCGAUAAAGUAGAUUCUCAAUUUAUUCUCAUAAGUUAACACGUUAUUAUCGAUGGAGCAAAGAAUAUUCGAAAGAAUUAUUAAAUAACCAUAUCGAUUA